AUGGUGCUUCAGAACGAUAUCGAUUUGCUUCAUCCCCCAGCUGAGCUCGAGAAGAGGAAGCACAAGCUCAAGAGGCUUGUGCAGUCUCCCAACUCUUUCUUCAUGGACGUCAAGUGCCAGGGGUGCUUUAACAUAACCACUGUGUUCAGUCACUCGCAAACAGUUGUGGUGUGUGGUAACUGCCAGACAGUGUUGUGCCAGCCUACUGGUGGGCGUGCCAGGCUCACCGAGGGUUGCUCUUUCAGGAGGAAGGGGGACUGA